AGUCCGUUUGACGGGUGGUAUAUUCAUGGAAUCAAUAUCAAAGUUUUUUGAAAUGAUUAUCCAAUCUCAACCAUUACAAUACAAAAACCCAUUAGAUCAACCAACGGACCUUUGUAAUUAUCAGAAGACUCAUCCGGAAUGUACCAAUACGAAGAACCAAGCGGCCGCUUUAUCGCGACAUGGCAUGACUAGAAAAGGCGAGGAAAAUAAAUUAUGGAUUGAAAAAUUAUUAAAAGAAGGAGGCGUAAAGGAUAUCAACUGUAAUGAAUUCAGUGUUUUAAAACAUAUAACGAAUGGAAGCACAUGUCAAAUUAAAAAGGCAACAUGGAAUGACGGGAUUAGAAAAGCAAUAGUUGUUUUAAAACUCAUAGAAGAAAAGUCGGAUGAAACAGAACAUACUGAGGUUAUUCGAGAACUCAAGGUUUAUUAUUCGAUAAAUUUAAGAGGCACUCAUGAAAAUAUUACCAAAUUCUAUGGAUUAAGUAUCAAAUGGCUAUGUGAUGGUUCUAGAAUGUGCUGA